AUGGAGGAUGAAGAAGGCAACCAUGGCAAAGCUUGGAGUGACAGGUCGCCUCAGCUACAGGAUAAAGGUGGUGGACGGGAGAGCGUUGGAGGUAUGGGUAGGAUGUGGAUGGUGUCCUGGCUGCAGUGGUUGACCGUCCUCCUGGGUCUCCUUCCUCUGGGUAGCUGCGGUGGACAGUGGACGCUCCACAAGACUCUGCUGGCACUUGUUACUGCUACUCUUAGUCUCGUCCUUACUUGUGUAUUCUUAAUUGUCUAUGUUCCUCCAUUGAUGCUGCAGAAUAUCUUCGAUGUUCCCUUGUUCUUCAUGGUGUGCAGCGGUGGGUAUCAUCUCUUCACGCACUCGAUCCCCGUUGUUAUAAUCAUCGUCCUCUGGGUGAAGGGCCGACGUCUCUCUACAUUACUUCAGUCUUUGAAGAACCUCACACAGCUAAAGGAUUGCAAAAUGAAGCCUCUGCCGUAUCUCUUCAAAGUAUCCAUCAUUAUUCUGCUUGUUGUGCAAGAGGUUCUUACCCGAACGUCAUGGUACAGGGGAUUAUGGGACACACAGUUUACCUUCGCUUAUUGUAGUAUCCCUUACGCCUUGUUUUGCAUGCCGCUGGUUGUGUCCUUUUCCAUGAUUCUCUACGUGACUGCUGGCCAUAUCCUCCAAAGAGUUUUGAGUCACAACAACGAUAUCCUGAAGAGUUUGUUGUCACGCCACACGAUGCUAGAUGAGAGCUACAUGUCUCCCAUGCAAAGAAUCCGUAAGACCCGCCAGCAGUAUAUAGAACUGAGACAGAUUCACCAGGACUUGUCCGACAUUUUGUCACUGCCUAUGUUUCUCGCCAAUAUGGAAAAGUUCCUUUGGAGCAUCGUGUUAGCUGCAUUCCUCAUCGUUUACCCCAAAAACUUCACUAAGUUUGAAUACUAUUUGUCCGUCACCGUCUUCUCCACCUACGUCGCUGCCAUCUACGUCCAAGGAUACGUAGCUGACGUCCUACGAGAGGAGGGUGGUGCCCCACUGCAUAUCGUACCGAGAACCGACCUAGCCGAGACAAACGAGAGAGUGAAGGCACAGCUGGAGACUGAGGUUGAGAAGAUCCUCCAGAUCAGUGAGCGACCCCUCAACACCCAGCCGUGCGGUCUCUUCCUCCUCUCCCGCACCAACAUCUUGGCUAUGGCGUCCACCUUCGUGACCAACAUGGUCAUUCUUCUACAGUUCCUCCUCGCCGACGAAUCUUUCCACCAAGGGAAUGUUAACUUGACGAUGGCGGGAACCAACUGAUCGAGUUAAUCAAUACGCCUGCCGUACCUCCAUCCACCUGGGCACGUGCUUGUUUUUCUCAACGAUAGGAUAGAACAGGAGAGCAGCUCAAUUUAUGAACGAACAACAAUAUUGGUCUGUGAUGAUGACCAUGAAACACUUCCAACAAUACACUACAGGCUGCCUCGCCAUAUCUACAUAAAUCUCCGCAAAAUUACCACCAACAAAUGUGACCAUAAUGCUAUAUUGUCUCAAGUAUGUUUGUAAUUAUAUAAUAUUAUAACUACAAAACAUUAAUGGCUAAAUUGAUGUUGUCCUAAUAGUUGCAAUAACCUGCAGGUAAUGUCA